AUGGGGGCAGACGGGGAAACAGUAGUCCUGAAGAACAUGCUCAUUGGUGUCAACCUGAUCCUUCUGGGCUCCAUGCUCAAGCCGACAGAGUGUCAGCUGGAGGUCACCACGGAAAGGGUCCAGAGACAGGCAGUGGUGGAGGAAGGAGGUGGUGCCAACUACAACACAUCGGGCAAAGAGCAGCCUGUGGUCUUCAACCACGUGUACAACAUUAACGUGCCCCUGGACAGCCUCUGCUCCUCGGGGCUGGAGGCCUCGGCCGAGCAGGAGGUGAGUGCCGAAGACGAGGCGCUGGCAGAGUACACGGGCCACACCUCAGACCACGAGAGCCAGGUCACCUUCACCCACAGGAUCAACCUCCCCAAAAAGGCCUGCCCGUGUGCCAGCUCCGCCCAGGUGCUGCAGGAGCUGCUGAGCCGGAUUGAGAUGCUGGAGAGGGAGGUGUCGCUGCUGCGGGACCAGUGCGACAGCAACUGUUGCCAAGGAAGCGCUGCCACAGGACAACUGGACUAUAUCCCUCACUGCAGUGGCCACGGCAACUUUAGCCUCGAGUCCUGUGGCUGCAUCUGCCAUGAAGGCUGGUUUGGCAAGAACUGCUCAGAGCCCUACUGCCCCCUGGGUUGCUCCAGUCGGGGCGUGUGUGUGGAUGGCCAGUGCAUCUGUGACAGCGAAUACAGUGGGGAUGACUGCUCCGAACUCCGGUGCCCGGCAGACUGCAGCUCCCGGGGGCUCUGUGUGGACGGGGAGUGUGUCUGUGAAGAGGCCUACACAGGCGAGGACUGCAGCGAGCUGAGGUGCCCUGGGGACUGUUCGGGGAAGGGGAGAUGUGUCAAUGGUACCUGCUUAUGCCAGGAGGGCUACGUCGGUGAGGACUGUGGCCAGCGGAGAUGUCCAAAUGCCUGCAGUGGGCGAGGAGACUGCCAGGAGGGACUGUGCGUCUGUGAAGAGGGCUACCAGGGCCCUGACUGCUCGGCAGUUGCCCCUCCAGAGGACUUGCGAGUGGCUGGUAUCAGCGACAGGUCCAUUGAGCUGGAAUGGGACGGGCCGAUGGCAGUGACGGAAUAUGUGAUCUCUUACCAGCCGACGGCCCUGGGGGGCCUCCAGCUCCAGCAGCGGGUGCCUGGAGAUUGGAGUGGUGUCACCAUCACGGAGCUGGAGCCAGGUCUCACCUACAACAUCAGCGUCUACGCUGUCAUUAGCAACAUCCUCAGCCUUCCCAUCACUGCCAAGGUGGCCACCCAUCUCUCCACUCCUCAAGGGCUGCGAUUCAAGACGAUCACAGAGACUACCGUGGAGGUGCAGUGGGAGCCCUUCUCAUUCUCCUUUGAUGGGUGGGAGAUCAGCUUCAUUCCAAAGAACAAUGAAGGAGGAGUGAUUGCCCAGCUCCCCAGUGAUGUUACAUCCUUCAACCAGACGGGACUAAAGCCUGGGGAGGAAUACAUUGUCAACGUGGUGGCUCUGAAAGAGCAAGCCCGGAGCCUUCCUACCUCGGCCAGCGUCUCUACUGUCAUUGAUGGGCCCACGCAGAUCCUGGUUCGUGAUGUCUCCGACACUGUGGCCUUCGUGGAGUGGACGCCCCCUCGAGCCAAAGUUGACUUCAUUCUCUUGAAGUAUGGCUUGGUGGGCGGGGAAGGCGGGAAGACCACCUUCCGGCUGCAGCCUCCCUUGAGCCAAUACUCAGUGCAGGCCCUGCGGCCCGGCUCCCGGUACGAGGUGUGGGUCAGCGCAGUCCGCGGGACCAACGAGAGCGAGUCCACGACCACCCAGUUUACAACAGAGAUCGACGCCCCCAAGAACCUGCGGGUUGGUUCCCGCACGGCAACCAGCCUUGACCUUGAGUGGGACAACAGUGAAGCGGAGGUUCAGGGGUACAAGGUUGUGUACAGCACCCUGGCAGGCGAGCAGUACCACGAGCUGCUGGUUCCCAAGAGCAUCGGCCCAACCUCCAGAGCCACCCUCACAGAUCUGGUACCUGGCACUGAGUAUGGAGUUGGAAUAUCUGCCGUCAUGAACUCACAGCAAAGUGUGCCAGCCACCAUGAACGCCAGGACUGAACUUGACAGUCCCCGAGACCUCAUGGUGACAGCCUCUUCGGAGACCUCCAUCUCCCUCAUCUGGACUAAGGCCAGUGGCCCCAUUGACCACUACCGAAUUACCUUUACUCCAUCCUCUGGGAUUGCCUCAGAAGUCACUGUGCCCAAGGACAUGACCUCGUACACACUGACAGAUCUAGAACCUGGGGCAGAGUACAUCAUUUCAAUCACUGCUGAGAGGGGUCGGCAGCAGAGCUUGGAGUCCACCGUGGAUGCCUUCACAGGCUUCCGCCCCAUCUCCCAUUUGCACUUUUCUCAUGUCACCUCCUCCAGUGUGAACAUCACCUGGAGUGACCCAUCUCCGCCAGCAGACAGACUCAUUCUGAACUACAACCCCCGGGAUGAAGAGGAAGAGAUGAUGGAGGUCUCCCUGGAUGCCACCAAGAGGCAUGCUGUUCUGAUGGGCCUACAACCAGCCACUGAGUACAUUGUGAACCUGGUGGCAGUCCAUGGCACGGUGACCUCUGAACCCAUCGUGGGCUCCAUCACCACAGGAAUUGAUCCCCCCAAAGACAUCACAAUCAGCAAUGUGACCAAGGACUCAGUUAUGGUCUCCUGGAGCCCUCCUGUUGCAUCUUUUGAUUACUACCGAGUAUCAUAUCGGCCAACACAAGUGGGACGGCUGGACAGCUCCGUGGUGCCCAACACUGUGACAGAAUUCACCAUCACCAAGCUGUACCCAGCUACCGAAUACGAAAUCAGCCUCAACAGUGUGCGGGGCCGGGAGGAGAGUGAGCGCAUCUGCACUCUCGUGCACACAGCCAUGGACAACCCUGUGGAUCUGAUUGCUACCAAUAUCACUCCAACGGAAGCCCUGCUGCAGUGGAAGGCGCCAGUGGGUGAAGUGGAGAACUACGUCAUCGUUCUCACCCACUUUGCAGUUGCUGGAGAGACCAUCCUGGUUGAUGGAGGCAGUGAGGAAUUCCAGCUUGUUGACCUGCUUCCUAGUACCCACUAUACUGUCACUUUGUAUGCCACCAAUGGGCCUCUCACCAGUGGCACCAUCAGCACCAACUUCUCUACCCUCCUGGACCCUCCUGCAAACCUAACAGCCAGUGAAGUCACCAGACAAAGUGCCCUGAUCUCCUGGCAGCCUCCCAGAGCAGACAUUGAAAACUACGUCUUGACCUACAGAUCCACCGAUGGAAGCCGCAAGGAGCUGAUUGUGGAUGCAGAGGACACAUGGAUCCGACUGGAGGGCCUGUCAGAGAGCACAGACUACACAGUGCUCCUGCAGGCAGCCCAGGACGCCGCGCGGAGCAGCAUCACCUCCACAGCCUUCACCACAGGGGGCCGGAUAUUCCCGCAUCCUCAAGACUGUGCCCAGCAUUUGAUGAAUGGAGACACUCUGAGUGGGGUUUACACCAUCUUCCUCAAUGGAGAGCUAAGCCAGAAGUUACAGGUUUACUGUGACAUGACCACGGACGGGGGUGGCUGGAUUGUAUUCCAGAGGCGGCAGAAUGGCCAAACAGAUUUUUUCCGGAAAUGGGCUGAGUACCGUGUUGGCUUCGGGAACCUGGAGGAUGAGUUUUGGCUGGGGCUGGACAACAUACACAGGAUCACGUCGCAGGGCCGCUACGAGCUGCGCGUGGACAUGCGGGACGGCCAGGAGGCCGCCUUCGCCUACUACGACAAGUUCUCCGUGGAGGACAGCAGAAGCCUGUACAAACUCCGCAUAGGAGGCUACAAUGGCACUGCAGGGGACUCCCUCAGCUACCAUCAAGGACGCCCUUUCUCCACAGAGGACAGAGACAAUGAUGUUGCAGUUACCAACUGCGCCAUGUCAUACAAGGGGGCUUGGUGGUAUAAGAACUGCCACCGGACCAACCUCAAUGGGAAAUAUGGGGAAUCCAGGCACAGUCAGGGGAUCAACUGGUACCAUUGGAAAGGCCACGAGUUCUCCAUCCCCUUUGUGGAAAUGAAGAUGCGCCCCUACAACCACCGUCUCACGGCGGGGAGGAAACGGCGGUCCUUGCAGUUCUGAGUAGUGGGCGGCUGCAAGCCAACUGACCUUUUCUGUCAUUUUUUUGUAUUUUAUAAUAUGAAACAAAGGGUGGGGGGUAAUAGUAAUGUGCUUUGCAACAUAAUAAGAGUGUUUAAAGGAAGCAGGACGUAGCAGGAAAUCAGUUGAGGUACAGCGGCUCAUGGUUUCUGCUGCCCCCGGCCCUGACCCUCG